AUGAUGCCUCCGGUGGAGUCGCUGGUGAAGUACGAGGAAGCGGAGAAGACGAAGAGCAAGAAGAGCAACGCUGCAGCUGAUCCGAAGGCAAAAUCAGUACAAACAGAAGACAUCUUGAAUGCUAUCUUGCCCCCACGAGAAUGGACAGAAGGAGGAGAGCUGUGGGUUCAGUACGUUUCCACUCAGAUGCCAACAAGAUCGGACGCAAUUAGACUAGCUGAAAGGCUUGAUCAGCGACUGAAACUGCGAGGAGCGAGGGAGCAUGGGAUAUGCACUAUCCGUGAAGAGAUCUAUGCCCAGUGUUUCGAUGAGUUGAUCCGACAAGUAACGAUAGAUUGCCCAGAGAGAGGACUUCUGUUCCUGAGGUUGCGUGACGAAGCGAGAAUGAGGAUUGCAGCAUAUCAGUCCCUGUACGAGAGCAGCCUGGCUUUUGCUGUGCGGAAAGCCGUGACAGGAGAGGAGCAGAGAAACGAACUGUUGCAUCAGACGAAGAACCUCACCAACGAGUGCGAAGAGCUGAGACACGCGCUUCAUGAUCAGACGGAGAGAGCUGAAACCAUCGACUCGAAGGAAGAAGAGAAAUGGCAGCAGAUGAAAAUCAAACAUCAUCAAGAAAUCAAGUCGUUGAAAGACACGUACAAAGCACAGACGAAGCACCUGCAAGAGCUGCUUGCACCUCCACCAGGUUUCGUCAAGUGA